GGUAACACGAUGCCAGCUGAGCGCAAGAAAACAGCAAAUAUGGAAGAAAAAGAAUCUUCAUUAAAUAAUAAAGAAAAAGAAUUUAGUGAAAGGCGACCAGUGAGCACCAGGGAGAAGCCAAAAGAAGAUGUCAAGGUUGGCAUGAAGAGAGAGACUUUAAAGGUUCCUGAAGAUAAAAAGAAAAAACUGGAAGAGGAUAAAAGAAAAAAGGAAGACAAGGAGCGGAAGAAAAAAGAGGAGGAUAAAGUAAAGGCAGAAGAAGAGCAAAAGAAGAAAGAAGAAGAAGAAAAAAAGAAACUUGAAGAAGAGGAGAAAAAGAAACAAGAGGAGGAGGAGAAAAAGAAACAAGAAGAGGCAGCUGCUCAGUUAAAAGAAAAAGAGGAAGCACAUCAGCUCCAUCAGGAGGCUUGGGAGCGCCAUCAGGCAAGGAAAGAGCUUCGCAGCAAAAACCAGAGUGCACCAGACAACCGCCCUGAGGAAAACUUCUUCAGCAGACUGGAUUCCAGUCUGAAGAAGAACACAGCUUUUGUAAAGAAGCUAAAAACCAUUACAGAGCAACAAAGGGACUCCUUGUCCCAUGACUUUAAUAGCCUGAAUUUAAGCAAAUACAUUGCAGAAGCAGUAGCUUCUAUUGUGGAAGCCAAACUGAAAAUAUCAGAUGUGAACUGCGCUGUGCACUUGUGUUCCCUCUUCCACCAGCGCUAUGCUGAUUUUGCUCCUUCAUUACUUCAAGCUUGGAAAAAACAUUUUGAAGCAAGGAAAGAAGAGAAGACUCCCAACAUUACCAAGUUAAGAACUGAUUUGCGUUUCAUUGCAGAAUUGACAAUAGUUGGGAUUUUCACUGACAAGGAAGGUCUGUCUUUAAUCUAUGAGCAGCUUAAAAAUAUUAUUAAUGCUGAUCGAGAAUCCCACACUCAUGUUUCUGUGGUUAUCAGCUUUUGUCGGCACUGUGGAGAUGACAUUGCUGGUUUGGUACCAAGGAAAGUAAAAACUGUUGCAGAGAAGUUUAACUUGAGCUUUCCUCCUAGUGAGAUAAUUAGCCCAGAGAAACAACAACCCUUCCAGAAUUUGUUGAAGGAGUACUUUACAUCUUUGACCAAACACCUGAAAAGGGACCACAGGGAGCUACAAAAUAUUGAAAGACAAAACAGGCGCAUUCUUCACUCCAAAGGAGAGCUGAGUGAAGAUCGACACAAGCAAUAUGAGGAAUUUGCAAUGUCCUAUCAGAAGCUGUUGGCAAAUUCUCAGUCUCUGGCGGAUCUUUUGGAUGAAAACAUGCCAGACCUUCCCCAAGAGAAACCAACACCUGAGGAACACGGACCUGGUAUUGAUAUUUUCACACCAGGAAAACCUGGAGAAUAUGAUCUGGAGGGUGGUAUCUGGGAAGAUGAAGAUGCUAGAAACUUCUAUGAGAAUCUCAUCGACUUAAAGGCUUUUGUGCCAGCAAUUUUGUUUAAAGAUAAUGAAAAAUGUUCCCAGAACAAGGAUUCCGGCAAAGAUGAAUCAAGAGAUUCAAAAGAUGCCAAAGAUAAUAAGGAAGCGCCUGGGAGUGAGGAUUUGGAGCUGGAACUGGAGAACCUGGAUAUUAAUGAUGAUCCUCUGGAGUUAGACUGUGGAGAUGAGGCAGAAGAUCUUACAAAAAAGCUUCUUGAUGAGCAAGAACAAGAGGAUGAAGAAGCCAGUACUGGAUCUCAUUUAAAACUUAUAGUAGAUGCUUUUCUUCAGCAGCUUCCAAACUGUGUCAACAGAGACCUCAUAGACAAGGCAGCAAUGGAUUUUUGCAUGAAUAUGAAUACAAAAGCCAACAGAAGAAAACUAGUGCGAGCACUUUUCAUAGUUCCUAGACAAAGGUUGGACUUGCUGCCAUUUUAUGCAAGGCUGGUUGCCACGCUGCAUCCCUGUAUGUCUGACGUAGCAGAGGAUCUUUGUUCCAUGCUGAAGGGGGAUUUCAGAUUUCACGUAAGAAAGAAGGACCAGAUAAACAUUGAAACAAAGAAUAAAACAGUGAGAUUUAUUGGAGAACUUACCAAGUUUAAGAUGUUCUCCAAAAACGAUACUCUCCACUGUUUAAAGAUGCUUCUGUCUGACUUUUCUCAUCACCAUAUUGAAAUGGCGUGUACGCUGCUGGAAACCUGUGGAAGAUUCCUCUUCAGAUCACCAGAAUCUCACUUAAGAACCAGUGUUCUUCUGGAACAAAUGAUGAGAAAAAAACAAGCUAUGCAUCUAGAUGCACGCUAUGUUACAAUGGUAGAAAAUGCCUAUUACUACUGUAAUCCUCCUCCAGCUGAAAAAACUGUGAAGAAAAAACGGCCUCCUUUGCAGGAAUAUAUUCGUAAGCUUCUCUACAAGGAUCUCUCCAAGGUCACCACAGAGAAGGUCCUGAGACAGAUGCGCAAGCUGCCUUGGCAGGAUGCAGAAGUAAAAGACUAUGUUAUAUGCUGUAUGAUCAACAUCUGGAAUGUGAAAUAUAAUAGUAUUCACUGUGUAGCCAACCUCUUAGCAGGUUUGGUCCUUUACCAGGAGGAUGUUGGAAUCCAUGUUGUGGAUGGAGUGCUAGAGGAUAUUCGACUAGGAAUGGAGGUUAACCAACCAAAGUUUAACCAGCGGCGGAUCAGCAGUGCCAAGUUUUUGGGGGAGCUGUACAAUUACCGAAUGGUGGAAUCGGCUGUAAUAUUUCGAACUCUGUAUUCUUUCACAUCAUUUGGUGUGAACCCUGAUGGUAGUCCUAGUCCACUGGAUCCUCCAGAGCAUCUCUUCAGAAUCAGACUAGUCUGUACAAUCCUCGAUACCUGUGGGCAGUAUUUUGACAGAGGAUCUAGCAAACGAAAGCUUGAUUGCUUCCUUGUAUAUUUUCAGCGGUAUGUUUGGUGGAAAAAAAGCCUGGAUGUUUGGACAAAAGACCACCCAUUUCCUAUAGACAUAGACUACAUGAUCAGCGAUACACUGGAACUGCUGAGACCAAAGAUAAAGCUCUGCAAUUCUCUGGAAGAAGCUAUCAGACAGGUGCAAGACUUGGAACGAGAAUUCUUAAUAAAAUUAGGAAUUGUGAAUGACAAAGAUUCCAAAGAUUCCAUUACAGAAGGAGAGAAUCUGGAAGAGGAUGAAGAGGAGGAGGAAGGUGGAGCAGAGACAGAGGAACAAUCUGGAAAUGAAAGUGAAGUAAAUGAGCCAGAAGAAGAGGAGGGCUCUGACAAUGAGGAAGAAGAUGGUGAAGAAGAGGAGGAAGAAAACACAGAUUACCUUACAGACUCCAAUAAGGAAAAUGAAACUGAUGAGGAGAAUACAGAAGUAAUGAUUAAAGGAGGAGGACUUAAGCAUGUCCCUUGUGCAGAAGAUGAGGACUUCAUUCAGGCACUGGAUAAAAUGAUGCUGGAAAAUCUUCAGCAACGGAGCGGUGAAUCUGUGAAAGUACAUCAGUUGGAUGUUGCUAUUCCUCUACAUCUCAAAAGUCAGCUCAAGAAGGGUCCCCCACUUGGAGGUGGGGAAGGAGAGUCAGAGUCUGCAGACACGAUGCCAUUUGUCAUGUUAACACGAAAAGGCAACAAACAGCAGUUUAAGAUCCUAAAUGUACCAAUGUCUUCCCAACUUGCUGCAAACCAUUGGAACCAACAGCAAGCUGAACAGGAGGAGAGAAUGAGGAUGAAGAAGCUCACGUUGGAUAUCAAUGAACGGCAAGAACAAGAGGACUACCAAGAAAUGUUGCAGUCUCUGGCACAGCGUCCGGCUCCAGCAAAUACUAAUCGUGAACGGCGGCCUCGUUACCAGCAUCCGAAGGGAGCACCUAAUGCAGAUCUAAUCUUUAAAACUGGUGGGAGGUAG